UCCCCAGUCUCAUCUCCCACAUUUAUACAUGCCCUAGGAAAGCAGAAGAGACAGCCCGUUUGCCUCUCCUCUCCACCUUCCUUUUCCUUCGUGUUCUUUAGGUCACAACACAGAGAUAGAAGAAGACACUUUUGCAGAUCUUAGGAGUGCAAAACAAUCUCCGGUUCGCUGUCUACCAGAUUUCCCAGCUUCAACCACUGAAGCUUCAGUUAGAUUCUCGAACCGAGAGUGGGAAAGGAGGAGAUCAUAAGAUGUCAUCGCAAGGGGUGUUCACCGAAGCCAGCUCUACAGCCUCCCCUGAUCUAUCCUUACAAAUCGGGCCUCCAAGCAUCGCCCCUUCGGCCAUCUCCGACGCAGGCAGCGGUUCCCGAGCGUGCGUCGACCUUUCCCUCUCGAGCACCAUGUCGUCGUCGGAGGGCAACAUCUUUCAGGGGUUUCGAGGACCACCGCCUUUCCAUGAAUCCAUCAUACCACUGACCGGUACUCCAACCUAUGUAGACGGUCGGUCGCCGUUCAACCAGAUGUCUUCCUCCUCGCUGUCUUCAUCUUCUUCUUCCACUGGUUGCUGGAGCGCUAUAUACUCGACGGCUUCCUACUUGCACCCACACAACGGGAGCCACUCUUCAGUCUCAUCUUAUACAUGGACGCCGCCUCUCCCGACAUGGAUUAUGGGGUCAUCAUCGGAUUCCUUCAGUUGCUACCACCGCCUCCCUUGUGGCGUCGGAUCUUGGGAAGCCUCGCAGAACCUGAUGAGGUCAAGGUUCCUCCCGAGAUAUCCAACGAAGCGGAGCACGAGGGCACCGAGAAUGCGGUGGACUAGCAGCCUCCAUACACGCUUUGUCCGUGCCGUGGAACUCCUCGGCGGCCAUGAGAGGGCUACACCGAAGUCAAUUCUGGAGCUUAUGGAUGUGAAGGAUCUCACCCUUGCCCAUGUCAAGAGCCACUUGCAGAUGUACAGAACCAUUAAAUCGACUGACAAGCCUGCAGCUUCCUCAGGCCAAUCUGAUGAUUCUGGCGAAGAAGAUUCCGCACCAAGAGACAGAGAUCAGCCACUACUCAUGGAGCACAAAGUCUCAGAUCCACCAAAACAAGACCAUUGUCUGGAAACCUCGUCUGGUAUCAGCCGAGAAGACUGGUUACCGAUCAACUCAAAUUACUUGGAUUCUACCGGUCUUCGGUCGGCUCCUCUCUCAUCACAAAUUGAGCAUGAUUCUUCCGGAUCAAAUGGCACGAAUGACUCUUACGAAGAACACAGAAUUCCUAGCUUGGAGUUUAGCUUGGGGAGAUCAGACUGGUAUGAUAAAAGGCCAUUGUGCUAGUUGUUCAUAUUGUUUCAGGCAUCCGAUUCGACAGAGAUGAGGAGCCAAAGAGUUCUUUGUGAACAAUGAGAAGUCGAUCAGGAUGAUUGUUUGAGACAAAGCAAUCAUUUUGAUUCUUUUUUCACCUUCCCUUGUGUCGUCUGUAAUUUUUUUUGUUUAGUGUCAUUUUUCUUGUAUCUGUGGAUGGA